ACAAAAGAGAAGUAAAAGGGGCUACUAGCAUGAAAACCUACAGGUGUGAGGAGUGUAGCAAGCAGUUCAGUUGUCUGAGUCAACUGAAGAGGCACAGGCAGACUCACACCGGGGAGAAACCCUACAGGUGUGAGGAGUGUAGCAGGCAGUUCAGUCAGCUGGGUGAUAUGAAGAGGCACAAGCAGACUCACACCGGGGAGAAACCCUACAGGUGUGAGGAGUGUAGCAGGCAGUUCAGUAGAUUGGCUAAUCUGAAAACUCACAUGCGGACUCACACAGGGGAGAAACCAUACAGGUGUGAGGAGUGUAGCAAACAGUUCAGUCAGCUGCAUGAUCUGAAGAGGCACAUUCGGACUCACACGGGGGAGAAACCUUACAGUUGUGAGGAGUGCAACAAGCAGUUCAGUGACCUCGGUACUCUGAAGAGCCACAUGCUUACUCACACCGGGGAGAAACCCUACAGAUGUGAGGAGUGUAGCAAACAGUUCAGUCAGCUGGGUGAGCUAAAGAGGCACAUCCGGACUCACACAGGGGAGAAACCCUACAGGUGUGAGUUGUGCAGCAGUCAGUUCAGUACCCCGAGUAAUCUAAAGAGACACAAGCAGUCUCACACAAGGGAGAAACAAUAAAGGUGUGAGGAGUGUAACAGGCAGUUCAGUAGGCUGAGUAAUCUAAAGAGACACAGGCAGACACUGGGUCAGAAACACUACAGACAUGAGAAAUGUUUAGUGGGCUGGAUAACUAGAAGUCUCUCAUGGUUUUAGUGAACAACAAAUGCGGACUCGUAGGUAAGAUCUCUGG